AUGCUAGAUGAAAAGAGACAAAGGAGGUUGGAACAGAUGCGGCAGUCGCAGCAUAAGCUACGUUUGCGUAAAGCUGAACGUUUCAACUCUCUUGAAUCAGAAAUCGAAUCUUUAAAAGUGAAAAAUGCGGAACUUGAAAAAGAGAUUGCAACACUAGUAGAUUGCGAUACUGUGGAACAGUACAUUUUAACCAAUGUUGAUUUGAAAAAGAUGAUUGACGUUUACUCGCCCAAUGUUGGUGAAACUAUCCUGUUGAGCGAAUUCAUAAUCAGAAACAAUAUUAAUGAUAAGCGGUUGUACCAAGAUCAAGAGUUUAUUUUGGUGAAUAUUUGCAAAACGAUGAUACAUUGUUUAGAAGCCUUUGUAUCUGACAAAGAGGUACUUCACAUUGCCAAUCACAGUUUCAAAUAUUUGGAAAUGUAUGGUCGAAGCUUACCCUUCAAUCUACUAUGCUCAGAUGAAAGCCGUGGUGGAGAAGCGGAUUCCUACGAAUUGGCUCAAAUGCACAUUGCUUCCUCGAGAUACUCUUGGAAUAAGUGA